AUGAGCCCGAGGGCGGGCGCGGAUCCGGCCGCCCAGCCGGCGCCAGUCGCGUCGCCGGACCUCCGGGCCCGCCUCGCGCAGGACCUCGACGCCGCGCAGGAGGCGCGGGCGGCUCUAGCGCGCCGCCUCGAGGCCGCGCUCGAGGCGAGGAAGGAGUCGGUGCGGCAGGGCGCGGCGCUGGACGAGGCGAGGCGGCGGCUGGACCUGCUCCGGGCGCGCGCGGACGAGCUCGUCGUGCGGAAGCGCAGGGCCGCCGAGGGCGUCGAGCGCCGCAAGGGGCAGCUGCAGGCGCAGAUCGGCCGGGUGCUGCCGCUCUCCAGGGCCCUCGCCGCCGCGCACCGGCGGGUGCAGGAGGCCAGAGAGGGGCUGUCUGGGGAGAAGGCACGGCUCGGGGAUCUGCAGAGGCUGCUCAGGGCGAAGCAGCGGUGUAUGGUGAACCAGGUCGCCGCCCUGUACCCUGUCAAGGUCUUCCAUGAGCGGCCGGUUGCAGAAAACCAUCGUCCCGAUGCUAAUGCAGGGCAUGGAACACUUUCAGAACAGAAUGGUGUGCUUCCACACGACAACGGGAACGGGACGCGCUUGCUCGGUGUUGCCAAAUCUCCGCAAGUUCGUCACUUGACGUUUUUUGGUUGGCAAAUUGCAAGGCAUAAAACGAAGCAGCAGAGUUACGCUCACACGGAGCUUCAGAGGUCAGCGGCUGUCCUGGGAUAUGCAGCACAUGCAGUAUUGCUCAUAGCCUCAUAUCUUGAUGUUCCUCUCCGGUAUCCUUUGCGCUUUGGAGGAUCACGAUCUUAUGUCAGUGAUCGUUUGCCUUCAGCAGAACAUCCGAGCAUCAGCAGCGCCGACUCAAAACUAACAGAUUACCCCCUUUUCUUGGAAUUCCAAGAUGACUCUACUAGAGCGUCCUACGCCAUUUACUUGUUGCACAAGGACACGGAGCAGCUUCUGAACUACAUUGGAGCCGAGAGUUCUGGAAGGAAUGUAUUUGGUAACCUGCGGGAGCUUAUUAGGAUUAUACAGUCAGAUGAGUAUUUGUACAUAUGACCAUCGAAUCCGCGACAAUUGCGGGUUUGGGUCACUUAUGCUGUAGAUAUGGUAGUAUAUGCAGAUUCAAGUAGGGUGUUCUUUUGUGUGAUUCUUGCCUACUUUCGCUGUGCCGAGUUUUUUUGUAUGCAUAGCAAAGAGGGGCAUUACAUAUGGGGUUUUACAUUAGCAUAAGCCUCUCCAUGUAUAUGAUUGAGGUUUCUGGGUACUACCUCUGAGGCUAUUGUACAAAAAACAUUAUGAGUUAAUAUCAAAAUUGCAUUUUUUUUC